AUGACAUUAGCGUCGCGUGGACAAUGUGAUAUAAGUGAUGAUUAUCUGAAGAACACCAAGAGUUUGGUCAAACAAAAUGUAACCGAUGACUAUGAUGACAUAUACAUGAUCAAAGAAAAAAAUUAUCCAAGAGUACAAUUAGAGACAGAUCCUGGUGAACAUUGGUCGGAUAGUUUGUGGAGAAAAACGACAUUUAUUUUUAGAACAGUUGGAGAGGCAGUUACAGUAUUUGGCAGGAUGUAUGGCAGUGCGAUAGCAUGGUGUAAAAAAAAAUUGGCACAGUUGAUUAAAUUUUCAUAUCAUAUAGCUAUCCAAACUGACGCAAUUCGAUGGAAUGCAACCAAUGUAUGA